AGUGUUGGCGAAAAUGUGGUGAAGUGCAGACGCGUCCCUUCCGUUCGUUGGCGCGUUUGUCGUUUGCGUACUGUUUUUUUUGCAUAUGACGCUCACAGCUGCAAAAUCAAGCUACUUAUUCAUAUAUAUGUACAUAAAGUUUACCAGAAAAUCUCAGCACCAAAGCCAGAGGUGCGAUAAGCAUUAGCAGCGGCAGAAGCAGAAGCAGAAGCAGCGAACGAAGCAGCAAUCGCGACAGCUGAGCAAAAACAACUCAACAACUCGAGGAAUGUUCAAGAAAACGGCAACUCGGUUUCAUGCCCGAUCAGUUUGUCAGAGAAACGCGUCGCGUUCGCAACGUUCGGUUUUGAUUCGCUCGAUUUUCUCACUGGGCGUGUAAAAUACAAAAAAAAGAAACGCACCCGACACGCGCCCUACUCAGCCGUUUUUUUAUAUUCCAAUUGGAUUUUAUAGCUGUUGGUUUCGAUUUGGUUUUGGCUUUUGUUUUUGAUAUCGUUUGGCGUGGCUGCGCGUCACAAUCGCUGGUCGCUGGCCAACAGCCACUUCGAACAUAUAAACCGUAACAUAAACAAAUGAAAAGAGCAACAACAACAAUAAUAAAACAAUUAAAUUGCUUCGUCGUCAAGCUGAAUAGCCAAAGAGAGAGACGGAAACAGACAACAAACAAACCAUUAUAAUAAAAAGUAAUAAUUCUUAGGCGCUGAUAGAGGUGAUAUAGUGCCCAAGAAUUGCGCCAAGAGCUGAAUUGAGUCUUGACUCAAAAACCAAAGAAGUGUAUAAAAAGAGUUAAAGAAUAAACAAUAUAUAAACAAACAAACAAACAAACACACACACAAGCAAAAUGCUGAAAACAAAAUCGAGUGACGAUAAGCUGGACACGCUGCUCUCACGAUCUGCAGUGCCAAUCAUCGAUCUGGCUCAUUGCGGCAUUGAGGAGAUCCCUGUCAAAUCGGUGGUGAACCGUGUGGGUCAUCAGCUCGCAAAGGCGUUAUCCGAAAAGGGCAUGGCGAUGCUGGUUAAUCAUGGCAUAUCUGAUGAGAAGCUGAAGACCGCUUGGGAUCAUCUGGAUGAUUUUGUGGUUCUGGAGGCUGAUGUUAAGAAGCAUUAUAUACGCACCGAUGGCGAUAAUCAUGGCUAUGUGAGUCCGGGUGUUGAACGGUUCAAUGGCAAGGUACCGGAGUUGCGACAUGCAUUCAACAUAUGCACACUGAAUGCCCAGAAUCUGCCAGAGGAGCCGUUACCAGGCUUUGCGGAUCACAUCAGCACACUGGCCACAGACUUUAAGGCGCUGGGCAGCUUUAUACUGCAGGCGCUGGCCGUCUCGCUGGAUAUUCCGCACACAUUCUUCCUCGAGAAGCACUCACACAUGCUGUCUGGCGAUCACGACAACAUGACCACCCUGCGCAUGCUCUACUAUCCGCCAGUGGUGGACGAUGAGCCCGGACACAGUCAGGAUGAUGUGAUCAAGGGGCGUUGCCAGUAUAGCUACCAGCGUUGCUUAUCGGAUCAGCCGGACUUCCGGCCGGAACACAAUCCCCGCGAUGACAUAAACGAGGUGGAUGGCGUGCAGACCAAUGGUAAGGAUGGACAGAUAUCCGAACAUAAGCUGGCCAAUGGCGAGAUUAUACGCUGUGGCGCCCAUGUCGAUUACGGCACGUUUACGCUGCUGGCGCAGGAUUCCGAAGGCGGCUUGGAAGUGAAACUGCCGGGCAGCGAGAAGUGGCAUCGUGUUGGACACUUGCCGGGUGCCAUAUUUAUCAAUUGUGGCGAGAUCUUGUCCAUUUGGACGAAAGAGCGCUAUCCCGCACUGGAGCAUCGCGUCGUUAUACCUGAGCAGGAGCAUAUUCGAGCUCGUGGUCGACACUCCAUUGCAUUCUUCUGCCAUCCAGAUAAUAUAACAAUGAUAUCUCCCAACGAUCUGCCUCAAACAGAUGACGGACAGAAUUCAGCGAUUCUCAAGCAGCGCAAAAAGUCCUUUAAGGCGGCGAAAGAGCGAGUAUAUAAUGCGUAUCAGUUAAUACAGAAAAAGUUUAAAGAAACGUACACCAAUAACAAUAACGGUCAAUGACGUUGCGCCCCGUAAGCUGCAACUUGUGCCCCGCCACUUUCUCCCGUCGUCACCCCGUCAUCGCCCCCCUUCAACUCGUCAUCUGUCAUCCGUCAACUGCCUGAGGAGAGUUGCGUCGUAUUUGAAAAGUCAACAACACGCUUGAUGUUUGAAACUUUUUAUUUUUAUCUUUAUUAUAUACGAUUGUAAUUGCUUCAUUUCUUUAGUUUGUAUCAUAUGUAUUCGAUAUACAUAAAUACUAUUUAUAUACAAAUACAACAUACAAAUAUACGUUUGUGUUUUGCAUAAUACGAAUAUUAAUACAAUUACACCGACAAAAAACGCACACAUUAACAUUCACUUAGUUUUCUAGUUCUAGACGUUUUUAUAAUUUCCGUUUAUAAAAUUUGAACAUAUCGCAAUUCCAAAAUUGACUGAGACUAUUAUAUCAGAGAC